GUUUGCUGUUGUUCUAGUUGUCGUCGGUUGUGAAAACCAAACGAACUGAUCGAUGGCCAAAUUCCGCGAAACGAAAAUACCCAUAGCUGAAUUUCUGGAAGCAUACAGAUGCCAGCCAUGCUUAUACAAUUCACUGCUGGACACCUAUAAGAAUCGUGUGGCGCGCGAAGAAGCCUACGAGGCGAUAAUCAGUGCACUGAAAAUACCGCAAUUAACGGUCCUCGACAUCAAAUUGAAAAUAAAAAGUGUACGCACCGUUUACACCAAAGAGUUGCGCAUAUUGAUGCGCGAAAAGGAGCAGGGACGACGUUAUGAGCCAAAACUGUUUUGGUUUAAACAUGCCGAUUCAUUUCUGCGCCCCGUCUCGCUCUCUCAUUGCAAGCGCUUAAAGAACAAGCAUGCACCGGUGGACAGCAGCUGCACGAGCAGCACCAGCAGCAGCAUGGCCAUCAUCAAAAAGCAACACAUGCAACACAACACCAUUGAGGAGAAGGAGCAACAGCCGAAGGAGAAGGAGCAGCUACAGCCAAAUGAUUCCUAUCUGCCCGAGCUAGUUGCUCAGGGCAGCAAACGUAAAAUGAGCAUUGGCACGAAUACAAAUCCACCGCCCGAGGCAGGCUGUCAAACGGAGGAUUUGAGCGCCAAUAAGAUGGAGUUGAUGAUUGAUGAAGCCAACACGCUCGGCAUAAUGGAGCAACAGCACCAGCAGGAGGAGGAGCAGCAGCUGCAAUCGGAGCAGGAAGAGCAUCAACAGCAGCAGCAGCAGCGGUCGUCGUCAUCCUCGUCGCUGCGUAAAUUAAAAUACAUACCAUAUCCACAAAUGCAACAUUCCCAGCAAUCCCAGCCGCACAGACUAUCCACACCGUUCACAUCGCCAUCGCCGUCACAGCAACUGGAUUUGGCGACGUCGACCAGUGUCGGUCCAUGCUAUGCGGGCCCAAAUGCUGUUGUUACCAGCAGUGGCGGUGGCGGCGCUAGUGGCGAGGAUGAUUUUAUGAUAUUUGGCCAGAGCAUCGCCUCACAAUUGCGCACAAUACCCGAUCCGUAUUCCCGUUCCGUUGCCAAGCUGCGCAUCCAGCAGGUUCUCUUCGAGGCGGAAACCGGUCAAAGUAGCGAGGCCGUCAAUCCGCAUUUGCAUAGCUUUUAAGCCCACAAAGUCAAUCAAUUUAUUCUUGUAUUGUACAAAUUUUAUAUUUAAGUAGCUCGAUUUGUCGUAAUUAUUGAAUGCGUUAAGCUUAAUAUUAUGCUUUGUUCAAACUUUUAGUUAACUAAUGUAUUAAUCCUAAA